AUGGAGUUUGUUCCUGAAACCAACUUACCAGCCACAGCAAAUAUUGAGUUGAUGAAUUCUUGUAAUGGACUGCUUUGCUUAUCAGGAGGUGAAUUCCGCAAUGUUAUUCAUGUUUGCAAUCCAAUUUUAUGUGAGCACAUCGAAAUCCAUGUGGAUGAUCAAAAAACAUGUUUGUAUGGCAACUAUUUUGUUCUUGGAUGUAGUGCCACUGGCAAUCAAUACAAAGUGCUGUGGACUUUUUAUCAAAAUGAUCGGCAUAAGUACCCUAAGGCUGAAAUAUACACAAUUAAGACAGGACAUUGGAGAAGCGUAGCAAAUGGUUUCAGCAUUGGAGGACUGGAUUUUAAUACCUCUCUGCAUGGUUGCAUCCACUGGGCCCGUAAUGAAACAAGUUUGGAGUGUAUCUGCUCUUUCGACUUUGAAAGUGAGCAGUUCAAGAGAUUGCCGGCACCUUCUAUCUGUGAUGGAAAUUUGGAUGGAUUCAUAAGGUUGGGGGUUUUGAAGGAUUGUUUGUCUGUGACUGUACGUAAGUGGGAUGCUCCUUAUGAAAUUUACGUAUGGGUUGUGAACGAGUAUGGUGUCUAA